AUGAAGAAAAGUACCAUCCUAUAUAUUGCAGCACUAUGGAGCAGCCUACUUUUGGCGUCUGAUGCCUUUGCUCCCUCCGUGCCAUCAUCAUCCCCGUCCAUCAUUGUCAACACCCGACUGCAAAUGGAAGCCUCGUCACCUGACCGAGAAAGUCGUCGGAAAGAGCUUUUAUCUCGAAAUGGUCCCUAUUUCAAGCUCAAUCGAUUCCAGGGAGCUGUGGAAUUUGGAUCGUCUGCCAAACUUGUCACAGUGUUGAAUACUCAAAGUAGCGGAAGCAACGGUCAAGAUAAUAAGAAGGAAAAUUUGGAGCAGAUCUCGGAAUGGCUGUCGGAUGGUCGGGGAUUGGCUGUAUCCAUCUGGGACGAAUCAUUAAUGACUGAGCUGAAUAAUAACUUGUAUCGGUUGCAAACCAUGAAGCUGCAAUUCGUCACGAUUCAACUCGCACCCAGUGUGGAUAUGAAGAUGUGGACCCAGAAGGACGGUGGCAACAACAAUAUGCCAACUUUCUCCUUGCAAUCAGUGGGAUUUGAUCCUAAUAUUCAACUAUUGCCUGGGGUAGGGAUAUCUGCGUCUUCGCUGGGCAUUCAAAUUGACGUGGAUGGAGAAUUAAAGCCAACCUUGGAUGGCAAGGGAGUGGAGGGAAAGAUUUCCUUUGCAACGCAAGGCAUAUUGCCACCACCAAUGAGAAUGCUUCCUGAGCCCGCUCUCAAAAUGGCCAGCGAUUCCAUCAACGAAACCAUUGUCAAGUUUGCCAUUCGAAGUUUUGAACAAGGAGCGAGAAAAAAGUAUCAAGAGUUUCUGGAAACAACAGCAAAGCAAAAGCAGGAACAACAGUAA